AUGAAGAACGCCCAUUUAGUCGGGCCAAAUACAGUGACUGAAGUUACAGAAAGUAGAGUGAUAACCUGCGUCAAUUGCGAAGGCCCUGUUGAGCUUGACCCUAACAUUGGAUUUGCCUACUGUUCCCCGUGUGGCUACGCAUUCUGUACGAGUUGUGGGAACGCCUACCACGGGGUACAAGACUGCCACCAGACUACACGUCCCGUACUUAACCCAAACUCAAUUGUUAGGGAACUGGAGGCUAGAUUUGAAAGCAUGAGAUCAUACCCGAGGCCACCAGAGGAACGGGAGAGAGUGGAAAGGGAGCUCAUCGACAAUGAACGGGCUAUAAGGGAACAGGAGAGACGGGAAAGGAAUCGUAUGGAAAGGGAACGACAGGAACGGGAGGUCAGGGAACGGGAGAGUUCGGAGAGGGAUCGCAUUGAAAGAGAUCGGAUUGAAAGGGAACGGGCCGUAAGGGAAGAGGAGAUACGGGAAAGGGAUCGACUGGAAAGGGAGCGCCAGCUAAUGGAAAAUGAGAGAUUGGAAAGGGAGAGACGGGAACGGGAGGCCCGGGAGUUGGAAAGUAAAAGGAGACGGGAACAAAAAAGAAAGGACGACAAGGCCUCUGAACAGCUAAUUAGGAAUUCCUGCAAAAAAUGUCCUGGAUGCAAAAAUUACAUCGAGCACCUGAUCAAUAUCACCCAGACUAUCAGUUCUAUCUGGAUAUAA